AGAUUCAGUCAGGAGUUUAAAGGGCAGAGUUGUAAAAGCUCCCAGGCAGUGGGGAGUCGGAUUGCCUGAAGAUUGACUCCAACAAAAUAUAUAACAUAAUACCCCGAAGAACAAACAACUAAACAUAUUCAUGCAACAUAACUGGAAUAAUCGAUUCGAUAAGUGUUAGCAAGGAAUUGUUGCGGAAGGUUGUUGUCAAGUCAACCGGAGAAAAAAACACGGAGAAGUCGUUUAAUGAGCGUGAGAAGAUUUUCCUGUGGAACAGCAAACAUUUUCUCAUCCGCCAGCACUUCUGUUGGUCCCCACUGAUCACUACUGCCUCGGAGGUUUUUGCAACACUCGUCUAAAGCAACUGUUGACGACACAGACGCACAUAGCUAUGCAGCUUGAAAUCCAAGUAGCUCUUAACUUCAUCAUUUCUUAUCUGUACAACAAACUCCCACGGCGGCGAGUCAACAUUUUUGGCGAGGAGUUGGAUAGACAGCUGAAGAAGAAAUAUGAAGGACACUGGUACCCCGACAAGCCAUACAAAGGAUCUGGGUUCAGGUGUAUACAUGUGGGCGAGAAGGUGGAUCCGGUAGUGGAGGAAGCAGCCAAAGAGAGUGGGCUGGACAUUGAAGAUGUCCGCAAUAACUUGCCUCAGGACCUAAGUGUUUGGAUUGACCCCUUUGAGGUGUCCUACCAAAUCGGUGAAAAGGGACCUGUAAAGGUGCUAUACGUGGACGAUAACAAUGAGAACGGGUCUGAGCUGGACAAAGAGAUUAGAAACAGUUUUAACCCCGAGGCUCAGGUGUUCAUGCCAAUCAGUGACCCUGUGGGCAUCUCCUCGGAGUCCAGUUCUCCAUCCCCGCCAUUUGGCCAGUCUGCUGCUGUCAGCCCCUCCUUCAUGCCACGCUCCACUCAGCCUUUAACCUUCACCACAGCCUCCUUUGCCGCCACCAAGUUCGGCUCCACCAAGAUGAAAAACAGCGGCCGCAAUGGCGGUAAAGUUGCACGCACUUCUCCCACCAACCUGGGCCUGAAUGUGAACUCCUUAGUUAAGCAAAAAGCCAUUUCCAACUCCAUGCACUCGCUCUACAGUUUUGGCCUCGGAGGUCAACAGCAGAAGGGCUCCGCUCUAUCUCCCAAUGCCAAGGAGUUUGUGUUUCCCAACCUUGAAGGCCAAGGGAGCUCCGGUGCAGUGUUUGGAAGCGAGAACCCCCUAAGCCUCAGUCCUCUUCAGUAUAACAAUGCCUUCGACAUGUUCACAACCUACGGAAGCAUCAACGACAAGUCCCUCAUGGAUGGCUUAAACUUCAGUCUCAGCAACAUGCAGUAUUCUAACCAGCAAUUCCAGCCAGUUAUGGCUAACUAAUGUUUAAGAGUUAUUGAUUGUUGGCAAAAGGAAAACGAAAGGCAAAGACGCACAUUAGUUUAAAGACUUUAUUUGUUCAAAGAACUGUGGACGAGGAAACGAAAAUCCCUAUUAGACAAUGAUAAGCGCAUGCGCCCAAGGGUGUUAUUAUUUUCAUUAGUGUCGUUCUCUGCCCCCUUGAGUUUGUACUAAAAGAUUGCGUUACAGAUGUUUCCAAGCUUAUUUACAUUCAGUCAAUACGCGUCAUUGUUUUCUUUUCCUUUUUUGCCAAUAAAGCAAAAAAUAUUUUUUUUACUACCUUUUGGAAAAAAUACUCUAAAACAUUAAAAAAAGACAUAAGCUUCAAGUUCUGGCCUCUUAAAGUAUUUUAAAGUUGGUAAGACUUGGCUGAUUUUUAAGAAAUUGGCACUAAUGCAUAUAUCGGGGGUUACGUGGUCUUUUUCUAAUUGUAUAAUUUGAGUACAGAGUUUGUAAAAUAUCAGAGUAUAUAUUGUUUCUACAACAUGGAAUUGCAUUUAUAUCUUUUUACUACUCCAGUGAUCUGUGAUGGCUGCAGAAGCUUUAUGUUAUAAUAUAUUUUGUUUUCAUUUCUUUUAUAAAAUUGUUAAAGAAAUUCAUCUUUAAAUAGAUCAAAAAUUCUAAAGAUUGUGUACAGAAUAUUCCUUCGUGUUGGAAUUUCAGUGUAGGAAUAUUAGCUUUUUUUGAAACAAAAGAGUUGUAUUUUCUGUUAAGAGUUAAACAGAUUUUUGCUAUAUUAUGGACAAUGUAAUCGUAUAUAUUAAUUUUGUACCUACAUUGUGCAAUACUUGAUAAAAUAUGGUAUAACAAAGUAUUUUGAGUCAGUGUCUUACAUGUCAAGAGGGACUGAAAUGGUUUAUAUUAAGUUUGUAUUAAAAUGCUUGAAAUAUA